AUGUCCUUAGGAAAGUCCGAGCAGAAACCGACCUUUGGAAUUUGGAGUGCCAUCAGUCUAGGAUGGCUAACCGUCAAUGUCUUUGGAGGCAUGUCCUUUAUCAUUUUCGUCGGCCUCUCUGCUGGUGGUCUUCCUGCGCUUCUAUAUGGCUUUAUCGGCUCGUCAAUCGGAGCCAUCUGCAUCGUCCUAUCCUUGGCACAGUGUGCUUCGAGAUUUUCCACAGCCGGCGGCGCCUACCACUACGCUUGCUUCUUAAUUCCCGAGCCGUACCGUCGCCAGAUCGCCUACCCACUCGGCUGGCUGAAUUAUCUCGGAUGGAUCUUCACGCAUGCCGGAUGUUGCUCGAUCGUCGCCACACUCGUACUAGGCUUUGCCAAUCUGUGUAAUCCCGACUAUGACGUGUCUACGCGAUGGCAGCUUUUCCUCGUCUACCUGGCCAUCGUCACGACGUGCUGGGCUGUGAAUCUGUGGGGGUUAAAGGGGAUUCCCACAUUGGAAGUUAUUGGAUCAUACGCCACUAUAUUCGGGUUUAUAGCCUACAGCAUCACUCUGCUGGUGAUGGCCCCAAAGGCCAAUCCCCGAUUCGUCUUUGUGGAUGUUACCAAUGAGACUGGAUAUUCGUCCAGCGCCAUGGCAGUCCUUCUUGGGCUUUUCAGCAGUUUCGGGACGCUCAUGGGCCUGGAUGGGCCCGCGCAUCUCGCAGAGGAAAUACCAGAACCGAAGCGCCAUCUGCCUCGAAUUAUGCUGAUCGUCAUACUUUCACAGACGGUAAUAGGCGUGAUAUGGAUUAUCGUCCUGGGGUUUUCUAUCACAGAUAUCACAACGGUUGUUAAUACUAAGACUGGUGUACCAAUUCUAGAACUCAUCCGAUCUGCAACCGGGAGUAAUACAGCUGCGAUUAUCUUCUGUUUACUUUUGAUUCUGAAUAACGGCACAUCUGCGCUUGGGAGUGCGGUGAUGAUGAGUCGACAGGGUUAUGCUUUUGCGCGUGAUGGGGGCUUGUUCUGGAAUCAUAAGCUUAUAGAACUUUCCCCCGGAUCCCAUCUUCCAUUCUGGUCUAUCAAUUUGCCUUACUUUCUGGUUGGGUUGGUGGGAGUCAUAUAUCUCUUCUCGGAUGCUGCAUUCAACGCCAUCGUAGGCUCCCAGACCGUCUGCAUGAUCAUCAGCUUCGGCUUCCCCGCCACAAUCCUCCUAGCCACAAAAUCCAACCUCCUCCCUACCAUCAACCGGUGGAACUUUCGCAUUUUCUCAAAACCCAUAUAUAUCAUCUCUGUGGGGUACUGUGUCCUCGUCGUGAUUGUUGCUUUUAUCCCACAAUCUCAACCAUUAACAACGCUGAAUAUGAACUAUACGAUUUUGGUGAUGGGGGCGUUUGUCUUUGCGAUGGGUCUGGCUUGGUUUACUGAGGGGAGGAAGGUGUUUCAUCCGCCUGUUAGUGAUGAGGUAUUUGGUGCUGGUGUCAUUCAGGGUGAGGUUGUUGAGGAAGGUCAGGGAAAGAGACAAGGGAAGAGGCUUGUGGCGGAGGUAUCAGAUCACAAAAAGAACUGA